CAACUCACCACGAACAGCUGUUUCAUGGUGGAAACAUCCGUCGCCCUCGUAACAUUUGAUUUGGCUAAAAUCGGGAUAAAAUGAAUAAAAUCACGCGUGCCUUCAUUAGCGUUCUGCGCCAGAGCAGCUCCUCCGGCGGCACCAACACCCUCCUGGGCCGCCAACUCUCCUACAAGAGUGAUUUAUCCCUGGACAAGCUGUACCCCAGUUCGCGGUUGCAGAUCUACACGCCGCCCCCGCCGCCACCUGGCAGCGGCAACAAGUUCAGCGGCUUCAUUCCCAUGGACAGACUGGAGAUCACCUACAGCCGGAGCAAGGGUCCCGGAGGGCAGCACGUGAACACGGUGAACACCAAGGUGGACGUGCGCUUCAAGGUGGCGCAGGCGGACUGGAUACCCGAGCAGACGCGCCAGAAGCUGCUCAAGGUGCUGGCCAACCGGAUCACCAAAGAGGGCUACUUCUACAUCAAGAGCGACCUCACGCGCUCCCAGCAAAUGAACCUGGCCGAUGCCCUGGAAAAGCUGCGCUCCAUCAUCCGAUCCCAGGAGGUCGUGGAAGCGGCCCCGCCCAGCGAGGAGACACUGGAGAAGCUGCGGCGGCGCCAGGAGCGAGCGGCACGCGAACGACUCCAGCUGAAACGAGGUCGCGCCCAGGUCAAAGCGGAUCGCCAGGGACCCAGUGGAAUAGACUUGUAGUUAUUAUUGGAAAUUGUUGCACAACAUUACACAUUUACACCUAAUUAA